GUCUAGCCAUCUCUCUCUCUCUCUCUCUCUCUCUCUCUACAGAGACAGCUGCUUUCUCUCUGAGGUGCAACGUACCCAUUGGACUGGAGCUCCGACUAGUGACGGUGGAGAGCAGUAAAUAGAGAGUACUGAUUUGGGUUAAAUUGAUCAAACUCAAGAUCACUAUCAGCUUCCAUAGCCCUAAAACAUGGAUUGGAAUGCUAACCUCAGACCCCCUUUUGUCUUUCGCCCUGAAAAUUCCUUCAACUUCCUCUUCAACUAUGAUCACUACCCAGGCGCUGAGAUGAAGUAUCCGGUGGUGGCGCAGCCGUCGCACGCGGUGGUCGGCGGAAUGGACAAGAGUGGUAGUUAUUACGGGAAUCAGCUGGAGAAGAAGAAGCGGCUGACGAACGAGCAGUUAGACUCAUUGGAGAGUAGCUUCCAGGAGGAGAUAAAGCUGGACCCUGAAAGGAAGAUGAAGCUGGCCCGGGAGCUCGGGCUGCAGCCCCGCCAGAUCGCUGUUUGGUUCCAGAACCGCCGUGCGAGGUGGAAAGCCAAGCAGGUCGAGCGCCUCUACGACGUUCUCAAACAGGAAUUUGACACUGUUUCUAAAGAGAAGCAGAAGCUCCAAGAAGAGGUCUCGGCAUUGAAAACUUUGCUCAACGACCAAGCAAUGAAGAAGCAAGUCUCGAGAGGUCAGACGGAAAUCUCCGGCGAAGAGACGGUGGAGAGCACGUCUGUUGAGAACCAGGGCUCCGGCAAGCUAGGGGAAACCAGCCACCAGCAGAAUAUUGGCGAUCAGGGAAACUAUGUCUUCUCCGUCGACGAAUACAAUCCGGCGAUGCCGCCUUACUGGGGUAGCUUCCUGCCUUCUUAUCCUUGAAACAGGCCGGGCUGCUUUUUCUCAAUACUACUUGUUCUAUAUUAGACCUAGCUACUAGGUAGCCAGCUUAAGAAGUAAGAACUGGGUUGAUUAUUAUUAGGGUUUGCCUUGUAGUUGGCAUCUAGAUCUUACAGUUAAUUAAUCUUUAUGGAUUAAUUAAUGUUAACCCUAAAACUGAUACUUUGUUUUUAAUGUUGUUUGUUGUUGGUUUAUUAAUU